GCCUAUAAACUUGAUAUGGUUCAGCAUCAAUCAGGAGAUUCGGAAGAGCAAUGUAAUUUCAGAGAUAUUCUAUUGCAGCUAUGUGAUGGUGAAUCUACAGUAGCUGAUUGGAAAGUACUUGCUGCACGAUUUAUUGAUUCACCAACUAUUUUAUCUCCAGAACAAGAUCAUUUCUCAGAUGCCACAUGCAUCUUUCCCCAGAAAAUCGACAUUAACGAAUUUAAUGUCGACAAACUCAAAUCUUUGAACUGCCCUAUUGCUAGAAUUAAUGCCAUUCACACAGGUGGCAAUGAAGCACGUAAAGCUGAUUAUAAUAUAGCAAAAGGCCUUGAGGCACAAUUAUUUCUAGCAAGGGGUGCAUGUGUUAUGCUCAGAACUAACUUAUGGACAGAAGUAGGAUUAGUGAACGGCUCAAUGGGCAUUGUCCAAGAAAUCGUAUUUGGAGAAAAUCAAGGCCCACCCUUCCUUCCCAUUGCACUUCUAAUAGA